AUGGGAUGCUUUCCAGGCAAACAGACAGCUCCUUUACACUUUUUGAGCACGUCUAAUAAUUCAGAGAGUGAAGAAAGGUCAGAGAAUAAAGAAAAUGAAGAAAGUAAGGAGGAUCCUCAACAUCCCAUAAUUGUCAACGUAUUAAAUGUGUAUAAGAAGCUUAGACAUAAAGCUGAAGCUCACAGAACAACCUUAGAGCUCUAUUCAAAAGUCCAGAACAACAUUUUUUGAACAAGAGUUUUCCAAAUCUACAACUGCCUUGUUUCUCUAAAAGUUCAACUAGAUUCAAAUGAUCCAGAAAAGUUGGAGAUUAAAUAUACCUUUCAAAAUUCUGAUGAAGAAAUAAAAUCUAAUUUUGAACAUGAAAAUCAGCACAAUUGUCAAUUCAACAACCAGAUUUGUAAUAAAGUUUGUAAAGAAGAAUAUGACAGACUUGGGAAGGAGCUCGGAGAGCUUCUUGAAAAAUCUAAACAGAUGAUUCAGAAAAAGAAGGAACUACAGAUAAGACAAACUGAAAAUUCAGAUACUAGAUCGAAAAAGGAAUACUCCAAACUUCCCAAGAAUGAAUAUAAUACUCUUAUAAAUCUGGAAGGAAAAGCUCAACCAGAAGAAUGAAAGUAUCUUGGUUCUGAAGAACUUAAUAACCCACCCAUAUCUCACGUCUCAGAAUCCAAAAUCUCUUAUGAACUCAACCUGUUAAGCCAAUUCCAAGAGUUAAAUUCUGAACUAUGGCGCUCUCAAUGUGAGCUAAUAACUUUUCGUACUUCAGACCAGCACACACAUUUCCAUUUAGACCUGGACUUGACAGAGUACUAUGAUUGAUUGUUACUUGGGGUUAUGAACAAUUUGGGCAUGAGCGGAUGUUUUGUACAAAAACUGACCGUCUCAGAACCUGACAAGUACAGCUUCACAGCUGUGAAGCUGCUGCUCGUCAGUGGCUUUCCACUGAGAGUGAAUAAUCUUGUGGUCAAGAGUAGUCUAAGCACGUUUAAGGACACUGAUAAGUACCUUGGGUGGAUCCUGAAGGGUGGUUAUAGGGUACCUGAAAUUGACUUGGAUAGUAUGAUGAUUGGGAAUAAGUGGUUCAAGAAGUUCCUCCCUGCUGUGAGGAUGAGCUUGAAGAUCGGAUUUUAUCUCUGAUAUGUUUGAAUUGAAGAAGUUCCUGACUUUACGUAUGCAAUGAACGGAUGUACCAUCAAGGAGAUAACAUUCUCAGGAGGCGCACUUACUGAUCCAAGUGAGCCUGGAAAGUUAUUGGGAGGUUUCGAUAACUUAGUCCAUGGGUUAUCUAGAUCAGAGGAUACAGUCCAGAGUUUGAAGGCGAUCAGCAUUCUUUCUAUUCCUUGCUAUGACAGCCUUGCUAAGGUGUUACAGAAGUAUGGAGUUGGACAUGUGAAUUUGUAUUUUUCGUAAAAGUGCAGUUUUGGAGUA